GGGAAAGUGAGAUGCAGAAACAGGCAAAUGAAGCAGAAACGACAAGACUGGCGGCUGCUCUCUCAGAAUUAGAGGAGCGUAAUCAAAUGUUGGAAGCUGAACGAUUAGCCCUCGACGCAGACCGGCAGUCUCUGGAGGAAGCGAGAGAUGUAGUAUUAAGGAUGGGUGACGUUUUAGUUUAGUCGUUCUGAUCAAGUAGUGUUUAUUUGGGCAAUGUUUCUACCUCUACACACGGCUACGGGGCACUUUUCUUUUACAGAUAAAUCAUCAUCGUUUUUUUGAUUUUCAUCAUUGAUAUCUUUCCUACGUCGAAGGAAGUUGUACCUUAGUAGUACCUUGUCUAAUCCUAGCCGCCGACAGAGAAGCAUUAGCCGCUGACAGAGAGGCGCUCGAGGUCGAGAGGAAGUCAUGGCUUCUAGAGAGAAAAAGUAGACUGUUGCAAAGUAGGAAUAAAGACCACCAAGCAAGAGACUCUGCGGAUCAGAGCAGAAGUGGGUCUCCAACAGCACGCAGGAGUCCGUCUAGCGGUACUGUGAAAACACGAAGUGCUUCGAUUAUGGUUAUCAUACUUCAAAGUUCUAAAGUUUUUCAUUUCUUUGCACAUUUGAUUCAGAAAGAUCGCACUUGAUGACUGUCCUUAUUGGAAAAAAUGCAAGACCUUCUCAUGGUGGACUGGAAACACAAGGAAAAACACGGUGUUGUGCAAAUUCAUCAUGUUAAUCUUUGUUGUAGACAUGAAGCCCAGGACCUCCUAUGUCUAAUCCACAAACUCGCGAGUUGCUACGACUCAGCGUCGUUUCACCAGACCGGUCUCCGCACAGUAGAAGUGUGAUAAGGGAGCGCCUUGGCGUCGAUGCAGACACGACACCAGAAGGGAGAAUGUCUUUCAACCUAUCAUCACGAACAGGUCUGACAUAACACGGAGGUAACUGAAUAGAAACUCAUGAAUCUUCUUCUCAUUCUCAACACCUGGACCUGGUACUCGCAGUCGUCGAUGAGGUACAACAUGUACAUGUACAUAAUUGUUGUGGCCAGGAGAACAUCAAAAUCAGGAGACAAGAUGACAUGAACUUGAU